AUGCCUCCGAUCCGCAGCUCCAGGAACCGCAAGCCCCCGCCAGACGGCUUCGAGGACAUCGAAGACACGCUGCUCGAAUUCUCAAACAAGCUCAAGGAUGCCGAAAACGCCUCGCACGAAGGAAAGAAGAAGCACGAGAUGGUCUGGCCCGUCUUCCAGAUCACUCACCAGCGCUCCAAAUACAUCUACGACCUCUACUAUGAGAAAGAAGCCAUCUCAAAACAGCUGUACGAAUGGCUGUUGAAGAACAACUACGCCGACAAGAACCUGAUCGCAAAGUGGAAGAAGCAAGGUUACGAAAAGCUUUGCUGUCUCCGCUGCAUCCAAACAAAAGAAACCAACUUCAACAGCACCUGCAUUUGCCGUGUGCCUCGCAAGCAGCUCAAAGAAGACCAGACCAUCCAGUGCGUUAGCUGUGGAUGCCGGGGAUGCGGAAGU